CUGAAGUUGUUCAACCACAGUGAACGCGGUGGUCACCGGCCAAAGUGCUGCCGGAGAGCCCGCAAGUCACGGCCGCGAUUGUGUGCUGAAGCGCCAUGGUCUUUCAGCAUUGGGCUGAGGCGGCUGGAACUGCAGACCUGGCGUCGCCCCUGACGGCCCGGCCUGGCACUGUGAAGAGCUUUCCCACAACCUUCGAUUCCUUGGACGACCUCUGGCAGUUGGAGAAGAAGCUCUUGGAGCCUCCCCAGGAGUCAGUCUCGGAGGAGAUGGGUCCGGAGCUCGGAGCUCGGGCCACAGCCAAUGAGACCUUGCCUCGCAUCGAGGGUGACACCUUUUCCCUGGAGGAGGAGCCGGCCAGAGGUCAAGCUGUCAACAUGGUGAGGUCUUGUCUUCAAAGUUCUUUGGCGCUCAAACAGGCGCUGCAAGACGAGUCCAUCGACCCCUACGAGAUGAAAGGCAUCCUGAGGAACUUGGGCCGUUGCUCCGAUGGAGGUGUCCGGGUGUUUGGCCUGCGGCGGGCAUUGGCCGGAGUGGGUCGUCCAUGGCCGAAAGAGAAGGAAGGCUCCUCACUGGUGCGACAGCUCUUUAUUGGCCAGGAGGCACCCUUCUCCUUCCAUGGCCAAUUACCUGGAGAUGCCCAGCAGAAGAUCAACGCCAUGAAGCCGCUGAGCAGCCAUCGCUUGAGGCGUCAGGAGAUCUUCACGUCGCCUUCGAGAAGGACGAGAUUGAGAGUCUCUGAAGUUGGACAUCCAGCCGGUGGAGGGCCCUGGGAGGAGGCGUCCAGCGCCUGCGAUACGGCAGCUGAGAAGGCGGGUGCUGCGGCCAGUACACCGGGUGAUGCUGCGCACUUGCUGACGGAGGCGGGGCAUUGCUUGGCCCAGCUGGGUCGUGCCAUGGUCAUGACCCCCGUGCGACUCGGAAGCAUGAGCCCCACCGCGGCUGCCUUUGUGGUGGGUUUCCGAAAUCCUGGUCUUCUUGAGGCACCGAUCGUCUUCCAGGACUCGAAUCCACGGAGAAGGACCCUGAGGCAGUUCCUUUGAGGAACCGCCGACGCAUCCGACGAGACGGUCCAGACGGUCCAGACGUGACGGUCCAGACGUGCGAGCAGAUCAUCCAUGCGGUCCAGGCGUAUGGUGAUUGUUUGAUGUUCACGAACUGCGCGAAGAAGCCCCAAAACCUGGGGAAUAUACAUGAUCCUGUGCAUUUGGACCUCAUUUUUCCGCGCAUGAUCCUGGUAUAGGCACAAGGUAUACACCUCAUCGCGCCAACUUGGUGGAUUCCAUGCGUUUCACCCAAAGAUGUGUUGCGCGCUUCAAAAGAAAACGAUGAUAACGCCAAUGCAGGUUGUUCGGGCUUCAAAGUUUCCGAAAAAGGACUUGCUAACCGCUUUGACAGCUUGAAUGGGGUUGCCAACAUGGUGCGAAAUACA